CAUCCAUUUUUUGAGAGAGAGAAAGAGAGAGAGAAUGGAGAGAGACAUAGAGAUGAAGUUAUCAUCAAAGUUUAAGAGAGUUUGUGUGUUUUGUGGUAGUAGUCCUGGUAAUAAGACUAGUUAUAAAGAUGCUGCUAUUGAACUUGGAAGAGAAUUGGUUUCAAGAAAUAUUGAUUUAGUUUAUGGAGGAGGCAGCAUUGGUUUGAUGGGGUUGAUUUCUCAAGCGGUGUACGAUGGUGGUCGACAUGUAAUCGGAGUGAUUCCCAAAACACUUAUGCCAAGAGAGCUUACUGGAGAAACAGUGGGAGAAGUGAAAGCAGUAGCUGACAUGCAUCAAAGGAAAGCUGAAAUGGCUAGAAAUUCUGAUGCUUUUAUUGCUUUACCUGGUGGCUAUGGUACACUUGAGGAGCUUCUUGAGGUGAUAACAUGGGCUCAACUUGGCAUACAUGAUAAACCAGUGGGAUUGCUAAAUGUUGAUGGAUACUACAAUUCCUUUUUGUCUUUCAUUGACAAAGCUGUGGAGGAAGGAUUCAUUAGCCCCACAGCUCGUCAUAUAAUUGUAUCUGCCCCAACACCAAAAGAACUUGUCAAAAACAUGGAGGAAUAUUUCCCACAGCAUGAAAGAGUUGCCUCAAAGCUAACAUGGGAAAGUGAUCAGCUAGAUUAGAUGGAGUGGAGAACAAUUGUUAGUCAGAAUGUGAGACAAUUCAUGGGACUGAUGAUAUAGUAGAAGAUCAUAAUUUCAUGGAGCCGGGGUUUUUGUGUGCUCUUAUAUUUCCUUGUUAGUGUAAAACUAAAGAUUUGGAAUCUAGCUAUCCAUGCUAACUACUAUAUGCUCAAUGUCAAUUCUGUUUGUUUUUUCA